AAGACGACCCACAAUUCUUUGCAGCAGACUAAAAUGGCUGCGCCCAGAGGGAACGUGAGCGACAGCGAGAGCAGCAGCAGCGAGGACAGUACAGAGGAACUACAGCGGUGUCGGGAGGCGGCCGUGCCGGCCUGGGGCUGGAGGCCGAACCCACAGGGGGGACAGGAGGUUACAGCUAAGGACAACUUACCAGCUGCCCGACCAAGCCUCAGACAGAAGGUGGAUGACCAUGAGCAAGACGGGAAUGAGCUUCAGACCACCCCAGAGUUCCGGGUUCAUGUAGCAAAAAAACUGGGAGCCUUCUUGGACAGCUGUAUCACCAUUUCCGAAUCCAGACCCAAACUCACACAGACUCCUGCGCAGACAGAGCCCCCUGGGGAGGAUGACGGCUUCCGCCUUUUCUUCACAUCCAUCCCAGGCAGCCCUAAGGAUGCAGGUCCUCCCGCCAUGAGGAGAAAGCGACCUCCUUCCAGUUCCAGCAGUGGGUCAGACAGUGACGAAGAGUGGAGGAGAUGUCAGGAGGCAGCCGUGUCUGGGACAGACAUUCUCCGGCAUGGAGCCCUUCCUGCCCAGGAGGCCCCUGAGGAGAAACAGACCCCAAAGAAAAAGAAGAAGAAGAAGCAGGUUGGGCAGGGGAAGGAAGCUGGUCCCAGAGUGACUGCGGAGAAGGAGCCAGAAGGAGGAAAGGCCCAGCCCAAUGGGGAUCAUGCACCACUCACCACAAAGAAAAAGAAGAAAAAGAAGAAAAGCCAGAAGGAAGACAGUAAAACUCUGCCAUUCCCACCACAGAAGGGCCAAGCAGCCUGUGGCACUGAGUGACACCCUCAUAAGGGCUAGCUCCUGCCUCCCCAGCUGGGUCUGCCCAAAAAAGAGGACACCUUUCCUCAGGAGCAUGGGAUUUGGCAGGCCUCACUCAAAUGGCCCAGAGGAGGUCAGAGAAGCCCUUCCCUCCACACCCUCUUUUCUGACCACCUUCUGUUCUCUGGGCCCCCUUCCUUCCUACCUACCUUCUUUUUGUGCCUUAGGAGCACCAGGAGGGCCCCCAAGCUCCUGGCUGCCAGACAGAUCACUGGACUCAUUGAGGAGCCCUUUAGGCACAUGAGAAUGGGGGUCUCCUAAGUCUUGUUGCCUGUGGAUCUCUGAUACUCUGACCCCAACACAGCCCUUCAUCUUGCCCCUGUUGCAUUAGGCAAGGGACUUGACCAAGAGUCACCCCAGAGGGGUUCAGAGAAGCCCUUUUCAUCCCUGAAGCUACACUGAGACUAACAGCUAGAGAGGCUCCAGACCCAGCCAUGACUGUGAAUCACUGGGGAAAUACUCCAUGUGUUUGCUCUUCCCGCCUCCCACCUUUCCCUCCCCACUCCCUAACCCUACAUGUCCCCGUGGACUUUUUUGUUUUCUGAAAAUAUAUCAUUUUUCUAAAAACUUUCAGCUCUUCAUUGCUAGAAAUGUGGAACUCUGUAAAGAUUAAAAACCCAUGAUAAUAUGUGGAGAACCCAGAUCAAAUUGUUUACCAUCUCCAAGAGGGGGCCAGAGAGAAAAUUUGGAUCUGAUCAUUUUGGAAAACAGGCUGAAAAAUUACACAUUAUUGGGAAAAUAAAAUAUCCUUGAGUAAAGAAUUAUGACAGUAGAACUGAGCUGCCUGGAGAGGUAAAGAGCUCCCUAUCACUAUAACUAUUCAAGCAAAGAGUCAGACUUUAGAGGGACCUUCGGAAUCCUCCAGCCCAAGCCCCCGUUUUACUAUGUUCUUUCCACUGUAAACCUUAAAAUUCCUUAGACUUAUAAAUGUUGGAAAUUUCACCAUUGGGAAAUUUCAUACUUGGAAAAUUUCUUACUGAUAGUCUAUUGGAAUGUGAAUCCCAUUGGCAUGGGAGGUUCCUCCUCCUCCCUUCUUAAGAUUACUUUAGGACAGAAACCUUUUGCUGAACAAUGGAAAGGACUUUGACCUAUGCUUAAGCAUAGAACAGGAAUUUCUUUGAGUCAUGAUUGAUUUUAGAAUUGAUACAAUGGAGAUACUUGGAAUCAAUCUCCACCCUACUCAGUCCUAACAGGAUUGAGGAAGGGCUGCAGCCUAGAUCAAAAUUUAAUUAUUCCAAUCUCUACCCUACUCAGGUUAACAGGAUUUAGGAAGGGCUGUAGCAAAGGAUCAAAGAUUUAAUUAUUUGAAAAUAUGAUCUUCAACAGACAUGUGCAAAGCCAGAGACCUCUGGGCGGUCCUGGGUUAAGCUAGAGCCUCCAUUGGCACAGAGAAAUUGAUGGACAGUGAUUGGUAGAUGUGAGAACUGAGGGGAGGAAACUUGGAUGGUUUCCUUAAAGAUAGAGGGGUCUGAAGACUCAGGGUGGUGGUUGAGGAGUUUGUCUGAGUGGUUGAAGUGUGCUCUGAGAAGCUUGCUCUGAAGGAAGCUGAAGGUGGGGGCCUUUGAGACUGUUUCUCCAUUUUGGUCACGUGAGUAAUAGGGACUGAUCUCUUUUCUUUGCCCCAGCUAUCUAAGGGCUUGGGCCUUUUGACCCAGCCUAAACAGAGGGGGUAUUUAAGCCCUAUUCCCUUCUCUCCCCUUUCGCUCUCUCUCUCUCUCUCUCUCUCUAUCUCUAAUUCCUUUCUUCCUCCUGUUUGUAAUUAAACUCUAUAAAAGGC